CCACGUUGGAGGGGGCUUGGAGCAACCUGGGCUGGUGGGAGGUGUGUCCUCUAGGGCAGGGGGGUUGGAACUCAAUGAUUUUUAAGGUCCCUUCCAACUCUAACUGUUCUAUGAUUCUAUAAUGAAGGUAGUUCAGUUUAGGGCACUAAGAAUUGCCACUUUCCUGCCAGAUUGGCUAAACUGCUCAGAACAUGUAGAUUAGCACCACCCUCAAGGUCCUUACACCCCAUGUGCCUCCUCAACAGUGAUACAAUCCUCAUCUCCCUUGGUGAGGAGUCCUUUUCAUCAGCUCACGCUUGAUAAAUUCAAGGCUAGAAUCCUCAUUACUCCUGAGGACACAGAAAACGCCUUUUGACACCAUAGUUACUAUUAACAUUUCAGGGAUAGGCUUUGGUAACCACGGGACUGUCCCCACCACCCCUCUGCAGGAAGGGAAAGGGCUCAUCCUGCUGCCAGGACACCCCGGGGCAUCAGCCAGCACAUGAAGAAGGGCCAGGUCCCUGCUUGAUCCCUGUGUCCUGCCGCCAGAGGAGCAUGGGGCAGCCCCAGGGACGGGCUGUGGGCACUUGUGGCCACCUCGGGACCCUUCUCCAGGAGCCACAUCUGCUCCGCAUACCGAGGGACCGCAGAGGGCUCAGCUCCUGCCCUGGGGUCCAGAUGCCACGUGCCGGGGUGAGGGCCACCCAGCAACCAGCGCCAGCCUCAGCGUCACCCCCCGGGGCCACCGAAGGCCAGGGCUGGCCGGGUGUUAAUCAUUGCUGAGAGCAGCUGGGCCAAGGUGGGUGCGAAAGGCUGUGCCGUUCCCAGGGCUGGUCUUUCAUCAGCCGCAUCCCCUGGGCACUGAAACACCCUGAGCAAACACCUGGCAGGGCAGGGUGGGAUGGGGACAUCGGUGGGCUCUGGAGCACCGAGCGAGGCCGGGGGGAUGCUAGCAGGGGGGUGGGCUCGCUCCUGCCGUGCUUUGGGCUUGCUCAAGUCUGUGAUCGUAACGUCUGAGCGAUGGAGGGCUCUGGGGGUGAGCGCUUUCUCAUGGAAGGGAGCUCCUGCCGUGGUGCCAGCUCUUGCUUUGCCCAGGGACCCAUCAUCAAGGAGGACACCUUGGAGACCCCCAGCUCCAAUGGGUGAAGGAGAGGAGGGAGGAGUGGAAAUCCCCCCCGAGGGACAUGCAGGAAGGCCGUUACUUCACAUUCACUUCGCCCAAAGGAGCUGCCAGAGGGCAGGUUGACAUCUCCGGUAGAGGACAAUGGCAGAGGUCUCCAUCGUGGCACCUUCUGGCAGCACGGGCAUCGCUGUUCUCCCACCCUGGGCAGGGCAUCGCGGCGCUGCCCCCAGUGCCACGAGUUGGGGUGUGAUAGGAGCAGCCACAUCAGCUGAUGGAGACGUCGGCUAUAAAGCUCCCGCCGGCCCCGUGGCAGAGGCACGAGCGAGCCCACCAUGGCCACCACGCUGGUCCCCUGCCUGCUCUUGGCCCUGCUGCUCCUGGCCCCAGCCCUGCCUGCCCCACACGAAAGAGGACUCAUCUUCAACUUGGACACCGGGGAGCUGUGCCUGCAGAGCGCCCAGUGCAAGAGCGGCUGCUGCCACCGCGGCAGUGGCCUGAGCCUGGCUCGAUGUGCACCCCGGGCGGCCGAGUUCCAGGAGUGCUCCCCAAAGAGCCUCUAUGGGGUCUACUACAAGUGUCCCUGUGAGAGUGGCUUGACCUGCGACGCCGAUAAAACCAUUGUGGGUUCCAUCACCAACAGCGACUUCGGCAUCUGCAAGGACCCCCAGCGCGUGUGGAACCAUCACUCUCACAACACACAAGGUUCUUGGGGCCGGCAGGAGGAAGGACAUCACCGGUGAAAGGGGGGGGGCUUUGCUCCCCGGUUCUGGUGGUGGGGGCAAGGCUUUCCCUGGACCCCCAUCCCUUCGGGGCCGGGCAAAAGUGUUAAAGCACCAGUGUCUGGGGCAAAAUCGCUGCUCUGGUCUCCCCCUCUCCUGCUGCCCAGGGACGCUUUGUU